GUUGCCGUAAAUAUGUCAAAUUUGCGGUAGUUUAACCGUUUUGUAUGUCUGUGUAACAAUAUUCACAAAAAACUGUAGUUUUUUUAUUAUCGUGUUAAUGAAAAUCAAUCGCUGCAUUACUGGAAUUUCUAUGGAUGCCUAACCAAUUUUGGUCGUAAAUAUGUAUCCCAACUUUAUGAAUAAGCCAACAUUCAUGAAUAACCCUUCGAGUUCAACUUUUGGAGCGUCCACUUCAACUUUUGGACAACCAGCUCCAAACACUUCUAUGUUUUCGUCAAUGCAGCCUUCAAACAUUUUCCAGUCUCCGAGCACGUCUUCUUUUACAUCUGGAACUCCCAGCCAAACCAGCUUUGGAACAAAUCUAUUUGGUCAACAACCACAACCAUCAACUAGUGGUGGUUUAUUUGGUAGCACAAAUGCAUUCACUCAAAAUAAAACAUUCGGAUUUGGUUCGGCUCCUCCUCAGCCCGGAUUAUUCGGCCAACAGCCGCAACAACAAGCCGGAUCUUCUCUUUUCCAACCAAACAGUACAAUGUUAUUUGGAAGUAACGCUUUCGGAAAUCAGCAGACUACAGGCACUGUUAUUAAAUUUAAUCCGGUUACGGGUACCGACACUAUGCAAAAAAAUGGGGUAACCCAAUCGAUUAGUACCAAACACCAUUGCAUCACUUGCAUGAAAGAAUACGAGAAUAAAUCACUGGAAGAAUUACGAUUUGAGGAUUAUUCAGUUAAUCGGAAAGGACCCCAACAACAGGCCGGUUUUGGAAGUACCCCUUUUGGGGCUUCGACCACUACAACGCCUUCACUUUUCGGCCAAACUGACAAUAAACCAGCGUUUGGACAACCUCAAGCUUUCGGCCAAGCGCCAGCUUUCGGACAAACAACACCAGCAUUCGGGUCGACUAACACGACAAGCACUCCGAAUUUAUUCGGGAAACCGAACACCUUUGGUGCUACUACUAGUACCCCAAGUUUUGGUUUUAAUCCGACUCCGGCCACCAAUCCUUUCAGUGGCAAUCAGGCUACGAAACCUUUCUCUCAACCACUAUUCGGAACACAAACCACGCAAGCUCCGUCGACUUUUGGAACUGGUGUUUUUGGACAAACUAACACUCCGAAUACAGCGUCUAAUUUGUUUCAAAAACCGGCGCAACCCACUACUGGGUUUAACACCGGUCAAACGGGAUUUUCAUUUAAUCAACCUGGUACUACUCAAAGUUCGAAUUUGUUUCAAGUUUCGAAACCUAACACCGGUUUCGGAAUUUUCGGUCAAACUAAUACGGGAACAACAGGUUUCGGUCAGACGAGUCAACCAGCUUUUGGUUCGAAUUUUGGAAAACUUACACCAAGUACUUUCACACAACCUACUCAACCUACAUUUGGUACGAAUUUGACCACUGGGUUGCAACAACAACCACUUUUCGGUGCCGCUACAGCAAAACCACCGAGUCUUUUCGGAGGUACAACAACCGGAAGUAGUAGUCUUUUCUCUAAUAAUGUCUUUCAACAAACACCUGCUACGUAUUCACUUAAUCUAAAUCAACAACAACCAACUCAUUUCCCACCGGAAUCGGCCGAGGAAAAUAAAAGUAUUUCAUUGCUUGCAACUGAUAGUUUUCCCGAUGGACCAUUCGUAUACGGUUUAGAACCUAAACUUCUUGAUUCUAGUAAAAGUACUACGAACCCACAAGAUAUUAAAGCACUUUUAGACUAUUCGAAAAAGCGAGAUGAAGGUGCAGGAACAGGAUCAAAAAUUAAAGUUGACUUGCCAAGACCUAAACGAGGCACUAACUACAGCAAAGAAUUUUUCGAAACAAACCAAAUACUUAAAAGUUCACAUAAAUGCCUUGUUAUUCGUAAAUUUAACGACAGUAAUUCGACAAUUUACAAUAAAUACAACAAUGAACUUAUCGAGGAAGCUGAAGAGAGUAUAAAAUCUUCCCCGCCAAGUGAGGCCGGUACUUGUGUAAUUUUGAGCCCGCGAAGUCUUGUCACUGAGAACGACUACACUGAAGAUAUAACCGAAUCAGAUGCUACCAAAAGCAGAAGGGGUUUAAAAUUACAAUUUGACCCAUCAAUAACAGACACUACAAGAACGAGCAAGUCGUCUUAUUCAUUCGACGAUUCAACAACAUACACUCCGAAAACUGGUUUAAGCAAAACCAGUUUUGGUGAGUCAUCAUCUUCAAAAUCAACUCCUCGUCUUAACGGCAGCAUAGGGAUAAGCGACGACGAAACAAUUACAGAAACUGAUCCUGAAAUGGUUUUGAAUUCUUCAAUAACUGAAAUGGACAGUACAGAAAAUCCUGCUGGCGUUAUAUUGACACGACCAGAGUAUUACAUGUACCCAGCUUUGAAAGACUUGCAUCAAUAUAUCGAUGAUAAUGGCGACUGUAUCGUCCAAGGAUUGACAAUUGGACGUCGAGGAUAUGGCAAUGUCCAUUACCCCGAUCCAAUCAACAUCGCCAAUAUGAAUCUUGACGAAAUCAUACAUUUCCGUCACCGUGAAGUAAUUAUUUACCCCGACGAUACUAAAAAACCACCAAUCGGUGAAGGUCUAAAUCGACGUGCACAAGUUACCUUAGAUAAAAUUUAUCCACGUGAAAAGGGUACUAAUAAUUACAUCACUGACGUUAAUCAAAUUAUCCAAACUAAUUUCGUCGAUAAUCUCAUGCAUGUCACUCAAAAGCAUAAUUGCAAAUUCGUAGAUUAUAGGCCCAAGACCGGUUCAUGGGUCUUCAAAGUGAAACAUUUCUCAAAAUACGCUUUCACUGACAGUGACGAAGAAGAAUGUGAAGUCCCGGCUGAUAAGGCUAUUGCUAAAAAGGCGCAAGAUAUUUUGAAAAAACUUGACAAGGUGGAAGAAAUACCUGCGCUUGGUUUGGGUGGCAGCACUCCGGUAAGCAAAACUCGACUUAUCCAAGACUCGGAAAGCUUCGCCACCGAACCGACAAUACUCGAUUUCUGGCCCGAAGACGAUCAAUAUACAAUAUCGGAAGAGAUGUAUCAUACUGAAUCAUCGAUUCAGACUCUCAAAUCGUCACUUUUUGUCAAUUUGGAGACACCUCAAGAACCAAAGAAGACGGAAAGUGUUGUUAAACAACAGCAAAUUCCGAGCGAGGUUAUAGUGACGCCUAAAGUAUACAAAUUACCGGAUAUAAGACUUGCAAUCGUUCCGGUAAAAGUUACGACAACGCAAAAGUGUUACACGGAGUUGGGCGUUUUUAGAUGUAACACUUAUAAGGUGGGCUGGGGGAAUGGUUUCAACUUUUAUAAUUAUGAUCCAUUUGCUGACAAUGAGGUGAUUUAUGCACUCACACAUUGCAAUAUUGAUGUCAUGAAUUCUAAUUCAGGAAUGCCGAACUUAACUGAUUUACUUAAAGUAACACUCGAAGAAAGUGAAUUUGUGUUUGAUCCUAAUCAAAUACCAACUCUGCAUAUUAAAUGUGAUUUGAAUUAUUUACAAAAACAGACAGAUUUAUUCAACGAUUACGUGAAAACUCGAUCAUUGUCAGGUCAGGAAAAAUACAUUUGUAGCGUUUGGAAUUUAUGCUUGGCGCUUUGGGGACCAGGAGAUGAUACGCCCUGUAUGCGAAGACAAUACGUCAGUGAUUGGUUGAAAAAAUUUUCUUAUGAGUUAUCCACCGACUUGAACCUUUAUGAACAAUUUAGUUCCGACGAAACUGAAGCAUUCAAAACGAUUUUCAAACUGUUGUCAUUCCAUAAAAUUGCUGAAGCUAGCGAAUUUGCGGGCAGAAAUAAUUUAAGUCAGCUAAGUCUGCUUAUAAGUCAGAUGAGUGCCAACGAGAGAGUGAAAUCGUGGUUGAGGAAAUACGUGGAGAGUUUUGAAUGGAAAGAAAAAGAUAUAAUAGCUGAUGAGUUUAAAAGAUUGUACUUGCUUCUUGCUGGCAUACCAAUACAGGAAACUAUAAACACAUGCGAGGGUUUGGAUUGGAUGAGGAGUUUUGGGGUGCAUUUGUGGUAUGUUGCACCAGCUGCAGCUCCAAUCAAUGUUGCGUUUAAUUUGUAUAAGAAAGCAUUUGAGGAGCUUGACUAUGCAGCAAAGCCGUUUCCACCAUAUCACAACGGAGACACACAAAUCCCUCACUAUGACAUACUUUACCAGAUUUUGACACUUUAUGUUGACAGUACACACCAAUUAUGUAAUGUUUUGCAUCCUGAAACUCACACUGACAAUCUUAUGGACUAUCGACUUAGUUGGUUUUUGCUUCAAUUAUUCUUGUCGUUGAGAGUUGGAUUGAUUCGGGAGUCGGAAAAGGAUCACUUGCAUACAACUUUCGCCACCCAAUUAGAAAACCUGGGCCACUGGAAGUGGGCUAUAUUUAGCCUACUCUUUCUUGAGAAUAACUUGUUAAAAAAGAAUAUGAUAAUGAGAAUCCUUGAUAGGAAUCUCUCAACUCAAACCGAAUCAAUUGAGAGAGAACUCGUGAAGACUUUCAAAAUUCCGCCAUCUUGGAUUCAUGAAGUUAAGGCAACUAAAGCUAAACUCGCCGGUCGCUACUACGAGUACUUCCAGCAUUACAUCUACAUGGGAGAAUGGCAAGAGGCUAAUGCUGCAUUUGUUGACAAUAUUUUACCAGAACUGUUCAUUAAUGAACAGUACGAGUAUUUAAAUAGCUUUAUCAAUAAAAUCCAACCGUAUUCAAAUCUUUUAGUGAACUGGAACACACAAGUUGGCCUUGUUAAAGAAUUUCUGGAAUUGCAAGAAACACUGGGUGGAAGUAGCGAAGUGUCGUCUGUUGGAGGAAAAUUGAGUUCUUUGUUUCGCAGAAUUAAUUGUUUUCCGACUAAGAACGACAAACAGAAAUUGUUCGUUGUUGAACUUUCACGAAAAUGUGCCUUGCUGUUUAAGAUUUUUCACAAGAGUUUAGAUAGUCAGGUGUUUCAAACCAAAUUUGUUGAUAUUUUGAAUAAUCUUGCAAUGCCUCCAGAUAUCAAGCAUUACGAAAUCUUUUAUCUUAUUAACAAAUUCACCCAGGAGGAACCAGAAAUUCAUUAAUAUAGUUAUGUACUUUUAAUUAUGUCGUUUUAUCUUGUACCGUAAUUUUUUUUUCUUAAUAAAUAUGUUAUCAUGAC